GCUACUGGUGGUCGCUUCGAAGACUUGAAUGAACUCAUUGCCAAAUCGAUACCUUAUGUUUUCUUUUCCCUACGUACUGACAUGCAUACCGGUAUAUUUGGUAUACCACCCAGGAUAAGCAAGUGUUGGUUGGCAUUCUUUGCAGAUGAUCCGACAUGGUUGACCCGAUAGGCCAUGAAUGAGUCGACAAGCUCUCCUCCCCCUCUGAUGAUCAAUACGACUUCAGACUCGGGAGUCUCCGAGGUGAGUGUGGCCCCGACUUCUGCGGCUCACAGCAAUCGCAUUUUGCUCUCAGUGGUGGCCAUGCUCAUUCUGUUCUUCCUCUCGGCCUUGGGAAACGUGACCGUGUUCUCGACUCUGGUGACUUCGCGAUCCAGAAAGACCAGAAUCUCGAUUAUCAUCCUGCACUUGACGAUCGCUGAUCUCUUUGUCACUUUCAUUAUCAUCCCGGCCGAGAUUGGCUGGCGAUUGUUCGGUUAUUGGUUGGCAGGGAAUGUGGCAUGCAAGAUUUUUAGUUUCUCGCGAGCCUUUGGUUUCUAUCUGUCCUCCAUGGUCUUGAUUGUGGUGAGUCUGGAUCGCUACAUCGCCAUCAUUUAUCCUUUACGAGCCAAUUCAGAAUUCGCCAAACGAGGACACAUCAUGCUCAUGGCAGCUUGGGCUAUUUCGGCUCUCUGCUCGCUUCCACAGGCUUUCAUAUGGAACACGGAACCUGCUCCCAAUACCCCCAACAUGGAGCAAUGUGUGACGUUCGGGUCAGAUACUAUGGUCGUGACGGGGUUCACUCUGUUCUUUCUUACCACCGUGUACUUCAUACCCCUUAUCAUCAUGGUCUUCACCUACUCGAGAAUCUUGAGUACCAUCAUAAAACAGUCCUCAGACUUUCGCCAAAAUCCACCCGGGGAUCCGAAUCCCGCUAUGAGCACCACUGCCACCACUGACAUGAUGGUCAACCAUGGAAACGGGAACACGCAAGCCAUACUUGUAACAGCUCCUCCUUCUCUUCACCCACGAUGUGGAUCUCCCUUGGGAUUGUAUGGAGCAAGUUGUCAACAAGCCAGUCGAGCUUCCAUCACCAAUGAUGGACGGCUCGCAAGAAUCUUGACGAAUGAAUCUCGAUCUCGGCGCAGAAGUUUUUACGCCAGUACCGACCCGUGUCAGCCUACCCGUAGUAAUCAAUCCGGGCGAAAUGAUAGCACUCGAACGGGUGGGCAUGCGGUGAGCACCCGGUGCCUGGGUUCUGGGGAAAACUUUCGUUCCUCGCACUUCAAUCGUGCUCGGGCCCGAACCCUUCGUAUGACUGUGCUGAUUGUUCUGGCCUUCAUCCUUUGUUGGACUCCCACCGUGGUCAUGUCGUUGUGGUUCUUAAUCGAUAGUGACUCGGUCGAGAAGUCGGUGGAUCCCCGAGUGGCAGACGUUCUCUUCAUCCUAACCAUAACCAACUCGGUAGUCAAUCCCUAUGUGUACGGUUCGUACGCCAGUGAGAUGAGAACGAAAUGUUUGAAGUGGUUUGGCCUGGCUCGAAGUCGGGAUCGAUUGGCGGGCAAUGGCACGAUUGGCCUGGGUGGAACGGCUAGUCUAUUAAGUCAAGGACCAGGCCCCACAUCUGGUGGUGGAAUCCAACCACGAGGUUACUUUACUCAGAGUGAGAGAAGGUCCCCUCGGUUCGUGUGGUCUCAUAGACAAACGAGGACAAAUCGGAAUCAUUGCUCUCUUGCGUCAUCCAAUGCAAACAACAACAGCAACAACAACAACCAUUCCAGUGUGGAGAAUGGUGCGAUCCAGAUACAGUCUCCGAGUGGCUCUUGGCAAGGUCUUAAUUCCUUUGCAAGUGCCAAUUUCAUUAAGAGAGCUGCAACGGGUGAAGGAGCAACUCCGACCUCAGACGGGAAUGCAGUUCAUCUUCAAUUUUCAUCGUGUUUUGAGUCCUCAUCCGUAUCGGAAAACCAAGAACGAAAGGCGCCUAUUUUCCUCAAAAGGAUGCCAAAGAGAGGCAAGCACAGGAAGCUGAUGAGGAAAUGGUAUUGUCGGACCACUAUUGGGCGACGAUUCUUGUCAAGCUCCGAGCACAUCGUGGAAACGCCCCCAACUAAUGGGGCGGUUCCCAAACGAAAGCGGCGAAUCCGUCGAAGUCAGUCACUCACCACAAAAUUACCAAGCUGGGAAAAAGAUGCUGCGAAAACCAGGAAGGCCCAUCGAUCCUGCAUCAUCAGUCAUUUGAACGAUAUGCCAGAGGAUAUAUCGGUCUUCGACACAUCGCCAAUUUGGUCUCCUAUCUUGUCCCGGAAAAGUUCGGCUCGAAGUGCUCGGAGUCGUCAAACCCAAAGAUGGACCAAGCUCAAACGAUCUCGAUCUCUGAGUGAGCUCAAAAUAUACCUGUGAUCUACAACAACCUCUGAGGAAAAAGUGUACCACCUUCAUAUUUGUCAUUAAUCCCCAGACACCCGUAUCCCCGUAUUGCAAAACAUAGAUGAUUAAAAUAAAGAGAACAAGACGA